UUGCUUUUAAGCGUUGUGAAAACAUACUACUUAUUAUUAGUUAUAUAAAAUAGUGAGUUAGUUCUAUUUGAGAUAAGAAAAUGUAUCUUCCGUCUUUAAUAAACAGCUCAAAACAAAAUGACAAGAAGUCAACUGCAGAAUUUCUGGCUAGCGUGGCUUCUGAUAUUAUGGUUACCCCUGCCAGCACAAUAUCGUUGGACGGAUUGACAGGGGUUCCUACUCGUACAACAUCGACAUUAACACCGACGACACUUCGCAACAUUGAACAGACGUUCAUCGACCUGCAGUGCCAGGAGGAGACUCAUCAGAACCAGGCUGGCUUUGUGCCUCCUGUGGUUCAGCCUGUCACUCACGGUUCUGGCUUGUUCAUGAGUCUAAUAGAUCGCAAGAGCUGGGGUGGGGGCAGCACUGUCAUAGGAGACUCUCACUCCAGCAACGACAGCACUCUGUCCAUCACCCCACCUAGCUCCAUCCCCACCACGACACGAAGGAACAUGGGCGGCCGUCGACCUAUCAAGGAUAAGAAUAUAUCUCCCGAGGAAGAAGAAAGAAGGCAAGUCCGGAGAGAACGAAACAAACUGGCGGCAGCUAGAUGUCGAAAACGAAGACUUGAUCACACGAACGAAUUGCUGGAGGAGACAGAAGGCCUUGAAGACAAAAAAAAUAGUUUGUUGCAAGAAAUUGAACAGCUUAAAACAGAGAGAGAAGAUUUAGAAUUCAUUUUGGAAGCUCACAAAGCGACUUGUCGGUUGAACAGAUCAGACUCACCCCCAGAUGUGAAGCCUUUUAGCCUCAAUGCCAAUAAGUUCUUGUUGGGAUCUGCACCUGCGAAGAUGGACCAAAAAUCAUUUGAGACCAAGAGACCACGGCCCACAUCACUACCUGUCGCCCCUCGCAAAAUGAUCAAUGUGGCUACGUCUGAGGUAGCCGGGGUACCGAUCACCACCCCCACAGCUGGUAUGCCUUUCAACUUUGACUCCCUCAUGGACGGAGGCACUGGCCUCACACCUGUGUCUGGUCCUCUCAUCCCCUCCUGCGCCACUCAGCAGCGUAGCGGCUGUGUUGAUUUGUCCAGCCCUGACACAUUGCCAAACAAGCUUGUCUCCCUCUGACAUUAGGCCUCACAAAUGCAACAUAUAUUAUUUAUUUAAGUGUUAACAGAUUAUUAAUAAAUCAAAUUUAUAUUAGGUAUUAUUGAAUAAUUGUAAAGUUAUUGUGUUUAUGAAUGUAAUAUAUAUUGCUGAAGUUAAUUAACUGUAUCGGUGCUUCGGUACAGUAGGGUGCCUGGUAGCAGCCUAGUUGUACCGAGAUAUCGACUGAUCUCAUUUGUCGUAGAUUUGUUUGCAGUUUUGAACUCUGCCUCCAGCAUUUUAUUUCUAGAUAGUAUAUUUAUAAUGUAUAGAGAUUAUUUACCAUUAUAAAGUAAGGAAGAUAGAAUAAACAAUAUGCCUGUGAUGUUAAGCUUUUCUAUGAGUUUGUUUGUCAAUAUGAUGCCGCAAUAUAAGGAAAUAUUUUGCAAUAUGUUUUCUUACCAAAGAUAAAUUGCCACCACAUGCCUUGUAACACACAUUUGGAGGUAUUUGUAAGAUGAAUAAACUUUUUUUAUACAAUUAAA